AUGGUCAAGGCUUCCCACCACCAGGUUAGCUACAAUUGGCUGAUACGUGACACCAACCUUGCUGGGAGUGAGAAGGCUGCUGAGCUGAAGUUGCCACUCAAUACCCCAAUCGACGAGUACGAGGCUGUGCUUGCCAUGGCUCCACACCUUCUCCUGGUUCACUCUCUGCCAGACAUGCCCAUGCCUGAGACAGGGUUGGAGGUCGAGGAUGUGACUGAGGAAGUUCCCAUCAAGCAGGAGAAGGACACUGCCAGUCCUUCACGUCAUAAAUUGGUGAUUCCUCAACUGCCGCGUGGCCAAUUCGACAGACCUUCCAAAUGUCCUUACUUUGAUGACUCCGACCUGGACGACAUCAUGACACAACAUUUUCAUGCUGGCACCAUUGUUGUUCCUUUGACCAAGAUGCUCAAGUCAUGCUCAUUGAAAGGCAAGGCUCAUGCACAGGGCUCUUUCAAGGCCAUGACUGUGAAGUUAGAGCCAGUUAGUGCUUUGCCAGCCACCAUUGAGCCUUCUGCAGCCAGUAUGCAACUCGAACGGAUGAUGAGCUAUCGCAGCAGCUCCUUGAGGAGAAUCGGGCCCUGA